UUUAGUAGCACGCAGUAGACAGCCGCUCUUUUGGGUUGGUCUGAAAUCUACCGGACAGGAAACGGUGCGAAAGUGUUUCUACCGACACGUUCCCGUUGCUACGAAGAAAAAGUGUUCUUUUCGUGAAUGCAGCAAGACGUGUUGGAACAGAAAAAAAAUCCCGGACUUAAUCAAAAAUGGCGGCCAAUAAUAUAGAGGUUGUUACAAGAUUAGACAUGUGCGCGGAGAUCAUUUCCAAGUUGAUGAACGAGUCAGCAAUCGCCGUGGACGCUGAGGGCGUUAACUUGGGGAAAACAGGUCCGCUCACACUGCUCCAGGUGGGCACCAGGGACGGGCAUGUCUACCUGUUUGACAUCCACGUCAACAAGGCCCUCCUCGGGGCAGGCUAUCUUAAAGAUUUGCUAGAAACGAAGAACGUGGUUAAGAUAUUCCAUUCGUGUAGAGGCGAUAGUGCUGCCCUAACUGCCCAGUUCGGAGUUACCCUCGAUAACGUGUUUGACACACAGAUCGCACACCUGGAAAUAGAAGAGUCAAAGGGUAAACUUUUUCCACCCGAGUUAAAGUUGGCAGACCUCUGUGAGACCUACGUCGGAGAUUCCACCGCGUUAGCGUCCAAGGACGACGUCAAGAAAGCUUGGAUGUUGACAGCGGCAUACUGGGCCAUUCGACCUCUGACACCGGAAAUGAUUCAGUACGCAGCCGCAGACGUCAGUGUUCUCUUCGUUCUCUAUGAUAAACUCUCCAGGCUGGUGCGCGAGAGCGACGACUUGUACAAGAAGUUGCUGAGCUCUGUGGAUGAGGCGAUAAUAAGAGAGACGGAUCCUAGCGCGACGGAGAGAAGGUCAGAUCGGCUGAAAAAAUCCGUGGAGACUGUACUAAAGCAGAUAGCCGAAAAGUGCCAGCGCGGUGAAUGCCGAAAUCUCGAGGAUCUGGACGAGAACGAGGUUCAUGCUAUGGAAUUGUGUCGGACCGACCAGAUCAUCCAAUGGUCAGCCGGGUUCAAAAAACUCCGGAAGAAGUGUUUCGAGAAAUUCGUGGAGGACACGGAGCGAAAGAUUGCUGAAGAUCCUCUGACCUACGACGUGACCAAAGGUGUCUUCGGUAAACUGAAAGCCAACGAGGACCUGUACGAGGGGACUGAACUGGGCGACAAGAUCAAGCGUCUGUUGACGAGGAUAGGCGAUGUGCAACUGGAACAAAUCAAGCAGAGGUACGCUGCCGAUACCCCACUGGAGUAUAUACGCCAGAGCGACGUCCGGGUCAUCAUGCGGACACAGAUAGACAAAGAAAGAAACGAUGUCUUAAGGGCGCUGUUUACAAGGUUUUGUAUGCGAGAUCUACAGGAACUGAAAACUAAGUACCGAAAGAAUCCCAGAGGUGUGGAGAUUCACAAAUCCCUUUAUCACAAAAUCCGAUUCCUGGCCACCAAAAGUUCUAAGUGUUCACCGGAGCUGAAACGACUCAGCAAAGAAUUAUGGGCGUCAUUUGUUCAACGAUAUGGCAGAGAGCACAACUAUUAAACAUGCCGGCUAUAGAACAUGCGAAUUCCACAAAAUUUCAGCCUUUGUGAUCACUAAGUAGUAGCAGCUAUCAGCCUAUAUCCACACUCUGUGAUACCUUUUUUCGAAAAUAAUUACGAUUUACACAGUCAUUCACGCACGCACGCGCACAUCCCCCUCCCCUUUUCCCCUCCCCCACACACAGACAAGUAGAACUAUUUGGCGUCUAUAACAU